GGCCGACCCCCCCCUCCCCUCGCCUAUAUAAACGCGUCACUUCCUGUGCGCGGCCUCUUUCACGCCAUACUUCCACACGGCGUUGUUCACGUUACCCGUCGUAGCUUUUAAAGGGAAACAUACACAAUGUCCGGAGGUCUCGAUGUCCUGCAGAUGAAGGAGGAGGAUGUCCUCAAAUUCCUUGCAGCCUCUACUCACCUGGGUAGUACCAACCUGGACUUCCAGAUGGAGCAAUACGUCUACAAAAGAAAGAGCGAUGGUAUCUACAUCAUUAAUCUGAAGAGAACCUGGGAGAAGCUGCUUUUAGCUGCCCGUGCCAUUGUCUCCAUUGAGAAUCCAGCUGACGUUUGUGUCAUCUCCUCCAGACCAUUUGGCCAGCGCGCUGUCCUGAAGUUUGCUUCUUCCAGUGGUGCCACCCCGAUUGCUGGACGGUUCACCCCAGGUACAUUCACUAAUCAGAUCCAGGCUGCUUUCAGGGAGCCCCGCUUGUUGGUUGUAACGGAUCCUCGCCAGGACCACCAGCCCUUGACCGAAGCAUCCUAUGUCAACAUCCCCACUAUUGCCAUGUGCAACACCGACUCGCCCCUCCGAUAUGUGGAUAUUGCUAUUCCAUGCAACAACAAGGGUGCGCACUCCAUUGGGUUGAUGUGGUGGAUGCUGGCCCGCGAGGUGCUGCGGAUGCGUGGUACCAUCAGCCGCGAACAUCCAUGGGAGGUGAUGCCCGAUCUGUACUUCUACAGAGAUCCCGACGAGAUCGAGAAGGAGGAACAGGCUGCCGCAGAGAAGGCCGCUGGCAAGGAGGAAUACCAGGGAGAAUGGACUGCUCCUGUGGCCGAGUUUGUUCAGCCUGAAGUGACAGACUGGUCUGAGGGCGUGCAGGUCCCCUCCGUGCCCAUCCAGCAGUUUGCUGCUGCUGCAACUGGCAAAAACAUGGCGGAGACGCUGGAGGCAGCAGUCAACCCCUACGCCAAGCCUGCGACAUUCACCCCUGAGGCACCUACAAAGGACUGGAGUGCCCAGCCUGCUGCUGAAGACUGGUCUGCUGCUCCAACGACCCAGGCUCCAGAGUGGGGUGGUGCCACAGCUGAUUGGUCUUAAAGAUCACUGGCCACAGGCCUCUCCGUCCUACAUUUGGGGAUAGAAUGAAAUAAAAGAAACAGAUUUCUAAA